AAAAGAUAUAAUUUGAAACUGAAAGUAGAACGGAAAAGUUGGACAGUGUAACCAUGGAAACCAUCAAUAAGCCAUCAGCCUUGCCCCCAGACUGGACUGACGACAUGAAAAUGACCGUCAUGUUUUCACCUUUCCGAGACAAAAACCUCAAUCCAAAGUCAUGGGAUCAGAAGAUUAAGUUCUGGUCAGAACUGAUUGUGGAAGAGUGCAAGCAGUCCCAGCAGGCUCUGAUAAACGUGCAGCAACUGAGGGAGAAGUUUCGCAGGAAGGAGAAAUCUCCAUCAUGCCUGGAUACCGUGCUCCAGGAGAUGCUCAAUAAGGGCCAGGUGAAGAAGUUGUCUGACCUGACUGUGGAGGGCAGUGAUGGCUGGUUGUCAUGGGGAUACAACAGACUCGUGAAGAAACCAGUCGGCUGGAGUCUCAAAUGGUUGUCACGGGAACAAGAACAAAAGCAGCCUCCUGAAACAUACGUCAUUAUGGAUGUCAUUAAGAGAAAGGCGGAAGAGCUGGUAGAAAGACGCCAUCGGCUGAGUGAGGCGCGUGUCUCUGGGAUCGUGGAGUACGACACAUUGCAGGCAGAGCAAACAGACCUGUGCCCCACCUCCAUGGAGUUUAAUCUUGUUAUGAGACAGCUAGAGGCCAGUAAACAGGUGGUCAUACAGACGCAAGAGGAUGGUAAUAAGAUUGUAAAGUUCAUAGAAAAAGAAGCACAGAAAAAAAAGAUAGAUGAGCAGGACUUGCAUAUACACAGGAUUCAAAAAGCUCAUGAUGAUUUAAAAAGUAAAAUAGAAACAUUGUUGACAGAGACAAAAAGGCUUGCGGCUGAAGCUAUUGCAUAUAAACAGAAAGGCAUGACAAAAUUGGCAAUGAGCUGCAUGCGUAAGCGUCGUUUGGGGCUGUCCCGGGUUGACAAGUUGACAGGUUCCAUGGAUACACUUGACAACAUUCUCCACCGCAUCAAGGAGGCAGAAAGCAAUGAAAUGGUGCUGAAAGCUAUCGAGGGUGGUACAAAGGCUCUACAAGGUCUCAACUCGCGCACCAGCGCCGACGAUGUCUCCUCCGUCAUGGACAACCUGGCUGAUGCGACUCAGACCCAAGAAGAGAUCCUGAUGGAGCUAAGCACAGCAUCAUAUAUAGACGAACCCUCUCAGGAGGAAUUGGAGGAGGAGCUGUCAAUCAUUCUGCAGGAUGACACGCCUCCACGGCAACAGAACACUCCCACUAGGCUACAGGACACGCCUACUGGAUUGCCAGACACACCCACUGGGUUACCUGAUGUACCUAGUGGAUUUAGAACGGAUCGUGGCCAUGUGGAUGGAAGUUUCAAGGAUAGUGGCAGUUUGUCAGAUCUAAACAAGAUGCUAGAUGACCUCCAGCUACCGGAUGUUCCAACAACUUCACCAUCAGCAACCAAACACACAGACAGACAGGCACUCACCUCCUAGCACUCUGACAGACAGACAGGUGCUCACCUCCUAGCACAAAGGGACAUGUACAUUCUCGACUGAUGCUCUCUGUGUGCAAUAAGGUCUACAUAUAAUGCAGUUGGAAGUUGAUAAAUAAGUGAACUGUAAUUAAUAUGUUUGACAGUACCAAGAACAAUAUAAAUACACAUAUAUACAUGUAUGCUGAUAAUGAUAAUGGUUCUAAAUCAUUGUUUUGCCAUAAAAGGUAGUUUUUAAAAGCUUUUCCCCACUUGUUUGAAUACUGAUUAUGAUUCACAUUUUUGUAUAGUCUGCAAAGCAUGGCUUACACAUAAUAUUGGCUUUGUCUGUCACCGUCCAUGUUGUUAUCACACUUUUGUUUCUGAUCAAGAACUUUUUUUAAAGAAUUGGUGAAGUCUUCAAACUUGUUAUGCACACUGGCCAUGGUUAGUAUAUGACCCCUUUUGAUUUUGGGGUCAAUUGAUUUGUCGUGGUGACCUUUACUAGAAAACUUACAGGCCUUCUGGUAUAUAGCUUUUUAAAGGCUUGAUGUUAAACUUGGUAUAAACAUUGGCCAUGGCCAUGAGAUGACAUUUUUUUGAAAUUGGGGUCAAUAGGUCAAAGUUCAAGUUCAGUGGUAUUUGUGUUAAAUUACAGGCUUUCCUAGAGGGCGACACAGCUGAUUAGCAAACUUCUGGUUGUAUUGAUUCUUUUAAAUAUGUAUGUCCUAAGAGCAAUUUUUCUAAAAAAAACACCUUUAUUUUUAAAUCACAUGUAUACAUGAAUUACUUUGUAUGUAAAAGGAACUCAAACUGUCAAAAAUUAUCUACCUGUAUAUUGAUCAGUUCAUAUGUGGAAAAUGAAGUUCAGUGGUAUUUGUGUUAAAUUACAGGCUUUCCUAGAGGGCGACACAGCUGAUUAGCGAACUUCUGGUUGUAUCGAUUCUUUUAAAUAUGUAUGUCCUAAGAGCAAUUUUUCUAAAAAAAACCACCUUUAUUUUUAAAUCACAUGUAUACAUGAAAAGACACAUGCAUUACUUUGUAUGUAAAAGGAACUCAAUCUGUGAUGUCAAAAAUUAUCUACCUGUAUAUUGAUCAGUUCAUAUGUGGAAUGAAAUUAUUGUUCUGUGUAUAUAAAGUCUUAUUUCAAAUAAAUUAUAUUGAUUUCA